UCUCUCUCUCUUUAUUUUUUAACGUUAGGUAAGAAAUUGAAAAUAAAUACAGAAAAAGGUCAUAAAUAAGUGAAAAAAACAUUGUUGUACAAAAUGAAGUCAAUAAACUUAGUGUUAACAAUAUUUGUUGCCCACACGUGGACUACGUCAUAUGGAAGCCUUAUUGAAUUAAAUGAGACUACAUUCGCGUCCCUGCCCCCCCUGUACGCGCUAGGCGACUGGUACCAGUGCCAGCACCCGGGGGACGUGUACUGCAUCGUGGACGCCGCCCUCACCGCCGAGGGACCAUCACCACUCCUGCACCUGUUACAGGAGUAUUCAAAGCAGACAGUGAAGCACUACAAUCGCACGCUGAUCCACCGCGGCGUGUGCGUCACUCGGUGCAGGGCCAAUGAGACCACUGGGGCUUCUAGCGACAGCGGGGCCUAUAGCGACAGCGGGGCCUCGAGCGACGGCGGGGCCUGGCGGGACGCCGCCCAGCUCUGUGUUUCCGAGAGCGUCGCUAAAUAUGGGCUACAGGCACAGGUGCAGUCAGUGGGCUGGUGCUCCGUCAAGGAUGCGCAGCCGCCGACUAACUCUGCGCGCGCGCUGGCUGUGUUUUGCAUUGUUAUCAUCGCGCUCGUCUUCAUGGCGACGGGAUUGCACGUGUUGUGUGACAAAUGCGCUAUUAUUGAAGGUAACAAGUAUCUGCUGGCGUUCUCUCUGAAGCAGAACUGGUCUAUCCUGACUUACGACCGUUCCAAGCCGCGCUCCGAUGACCGGAUGAAGGAUGUCGCAUGCAUGGAGGGGGUCAGAUUUCUCGGGAUGCAGUGUGUGAUAUUCUCUCAUGUGAUGUUCAUAUGUUUGUACUCAUAUGUUGACAACCCUCAGUACAUUGAGAAGAUGUACGACCAGUUCGGGUGGCAGGCCGUGCUGAACUCCCCGCUGUGGCUGCAGGCGUUCUUCUCGCUGUCAGGCUUCCUGACCGCGUACGCCGUGCUCAUCACCACCGACGACAACCCCAUCACCCUCAUCAAAUGCUUCAAUUCCAUACUCAACAGAUACGUCAGGAUAACCCCCCUCGCAGGGUUCGCGCUCUGGUUCACGAUCGCGUGGUUCCCACUGCUGGGCUCAGGCCCGCAGUGGACGUGGCUGGUGGCGCGCGAGGCCGAGGACUGCUCCGAGCGGUGGUGGUACCACCUCCUGUACGUGCACAACCAUCUGCCACUCGGCAAGCUCUGUAUGGGGCAUACCUGGUACUUAGCAGCCGACAUGCAACUCCACGUCCUGGGCAUCUUCACCCUACUCUUCUUGGUGCGGUUUAGAAGAGCCGUGAUCCCAGUACUGACUACCCUCGUGCUAGCGUCAGCAGUGGCGGCGGGAGUGACAGUCUAUUGGCACCAGCUGUCUCCCAUCAUCACUGCGCAGUCGCCAGAGGCGCUCCGCACGAUGUUCCUGGACUCGAAGCUGAUGUCGCUGGUGUACAUCCCGAGCUGGAUGAACCUGUCAGGGUACGUGGGAGGUAUAGCCACCGCCUUCAUCCUGCACCACACUCAGGUCCGAGGGAUCAAGCUGAGCCAGAGCAAGUGGUUCACGAUCCUAUUCCACGCGUCGCUCACCCUGGGCGGGUGCGUAGUGCUAGCCGGCACGGUGUUCCUGUCUGACCACGCACCGCCAACGUGGGCAGCACCUGUCUACGCCGCGUUAGACCGCACCCUGGUCGCUGUAUUCUUCAACAUCUUCAUGCUGGGAUGCGUUAGUCGGUGUCAAUCGGCAUUCCGCACCCUGCUGGACUGGCGCGGGUUCCACACCCUGGGCCGGCUGUCCUACUGCGCCUUCCUCGUCCACUUCAUAGUGCUGAGGCUCACGCUCGCCACCACCACACAGCUCUUCCACCCGAACCUCUUCUCACUGAUCGUCCUCCUAGUCACCGCCUCCACCCUAACAUACGCGAUAUCAAUCCCCCUGGUGUUACUAAUCGAGCUGCCAGCGACGCAGCUGUGGCGUGCGCUGACGCAGCCGCCGCGCCGCGCCGACCGACCGCCGCCUGCGCAGCGGUCAGCGCCGCCCACGCCGAAGGUGUUUGAUUUAGUCGCGCAUAUUCGGAGACGAAAUGACGUUUAAAAAAUAAGAGAUCGUAGCAUAUAAACAAAGAAAAUAUUUAUAAAAAAGAGGACGCAACAGCCAUACCCCGGACUUCAUACAAAACACCUCGUUUUGUACAGGUAAAACAAUGUGUAGUAUCUAU